UUUCACCCUCUGUAAUGCAAAAAACACCGACGGUCCCACACCGGUAAAGCAUUUAUUUUUCGCCUGUCUCCGGACUGCGCACCGAAACUCCACCGUGCCUUUCUUGCGAUUGCGACCUGAAUCCUUCGUCCUUGCUGCUGAAGUCCAUGUCCCCGCUUUUUCAAAUGCGUUGAAUUUGUCGUCGGCCACGCAAUGCUUAGCACCCUUUCACUCAUCAGACCCUUGCUAUUGUCUAAUGCCAGUUUCUUUGUGGCUUGUUCCGAUUUCUCUAUGCAGGCGUCUGACGUGACCCGCUGUGGUCUACGUGUCACCGACAUACACAAUAUCUUAACCGUCGUAUUCAACUCUUUUUUGUCUUAAUCAUAUUCAUUCCUGAAUUGCAAUUUCAUUUUUUUGCCAUCCCUUGUUCAGAGUAAAUGGAGGACGCACUUAUACAGUGUGUGAGGCUUUCGCUCUCAAACUUCCUCUACGAAAAUGCAACGUUUAUGGCGGAACGUCUUGUCGCUUGUUCGCGUCCCAGCCCUGAGCAGCUCCCGUCCGAAAAGGCACUCCACCUCCUAGCGACAUGUUAUUUGUAUUCAAACAAACCAAAUAAGGCAUACGAAGUGCUCAAGGGCUGCUGUUCGCCCAACAAUAGAUACCUGUUUGCUGUGUCAGCUAUUCGCUUGGGCCGUCUCCGCGAAGCUGCCCAGAGUCUGUGUCCAAAAAAAUUCAGCGCUGUUUCCAAGGAAGAUCCUUACCUCUCGGUGCCAAAUGGCGAAUAUGGCAUAUACUUGUUGGGAGUCAUUUCACAUCGACAAGGAAACCUCAGACAUGCCAUUUCACUGUACAAAAAAUCACUCGAGUUAAACCCUCUUAUUUGGUCUGCUUAUGAUGCGCUCUGCCAGUUAGGCGAAGACAUCGAGGCCGAGCGCUUCAUGGGGUACAGUGGUUCGGUCCUGUCGAAUCUGGACCGGUCUCCUCUGGGCAGCGAGUUUUUGGUGCCUAUGGCGUUCAAAGACAGGUCGUCGUCGUACAUGUUAGAACUUGAAAAAUCGAAGGAUGCCCUGACUCAUGCGCGCGUCACGCCAUUGAAGAGACCUUCGAAAAUCUUCCAAAGAAAGAGCGUCGCUGAGCCCUUGUCUGCUGAAAGGGAGUCUGGCUCCCUGAUGAAAAUUAGGACUUCGGGCUCGCCUGAACCAGACUCGUCUGAGAUAUUCAAAACGCCAUCUGUUUAUGACAUAGCAAAGAGGUUGACCGUUCCCGGUGUUUGUCCAGAUAGUCACCAGUCGUUACAGCAUUCAUUCAGUUCUUUUUCACCGGCAGCUGCUUCGCCCAAGACCGUUUUCAAUACAGUCGCCUCUAAACUGACGGCAUCGGGAUCGAAUUCUGACGCCGGCUACGGCAGCAAAGAGACCGUAAAUUCUAGUUUGACGCAAUCCGUUACGCCAGUCUAUACUACUCACUCGUGCCAACAACACUCAUUCGCCCCUACAAAGGCGGGCCCCGUUGUUCCUCGACUCCGAAAAAAACAAUUAAAGAGUCCGGCGUUUUUUUCUUCUAGCGCGGAUUCCUCGUUGUCUCUGAACGAGUCUGUAUCCUCCUAUUCGAGGCAGACUCCCUCUGGCCACGCGUUUGCGACUCCGUUGAAUUCUUUUUCACCAAAAAAAGCCCAUGAGUCGAGUGUCAGACCGAAAGCUGCAAACACCGCCUCCUCUUCUUCUGGCAUGGCUUUUCCUUCUCCCAACAUCAAACCCAGCAUCUACCCUUCUUCUGGCACUCAAGCCGCCCAGAAAAACGUAUCCGACUUCCGAUUCCUUUCUAAAAUGGAGGACGAACUUUCGAUGAAUUCGACUCCCAUUUUCGUGAGCAGUCUAGAGCAGACCGAGCACUCAUCCGUCUGCCAAGCCUCACCCAGCGGCAGUUGCGUGGACCCGUCCUUUUCUACCGACAACGCAAGCAUGCUGAGUUCGUUUGCUAACACUAAUUCUGUCUCCGUCUCAAGUGUAGCCGAUUUGCUUUCGCUUCUGUGCAUCAUUGGAAACGCCUAUCGGAUGCUCUGUCGGUACCGAAGCGACCGGGCGCUGGCCUACUUCCGACUUCUACCGGCGCAACAGCGACAGUCUCCGUGGGUUCUGGCUCAAGUUGGCAGAGCCUACUUUGAAAAGGCAGAAUACCACCAAGCUCUCGAGGUUUUCGAGACGCUUCGUCAGUCUGCGCGCCAUCACCUCGCGGGCCUCGAAUACUGUUCAACUAUCUUGUGGUAUUCGAAGAACACCGUACUUCUGAGCUACAUCGCCCAUGAUCUAAUUGACUUCGAUCCCUACGCUCCAGAAUCCUGGUGCUUUAUUGGAAACUGCUUUUCCCUUCACAAAGACCACGAAACGGCCCUUAAAUUUUUUCAGCGCGCAAGCCAAGUCGAUCCCACAUUUCCCUACGCUCACACUCUAGCCGCGCACGAGUACAUCGCAUGCGACGACUGGGACAAGGCCACCGAAUCGUUUCGAGAAGCUCUGCGCCUAGACCAACGUCAUUACAACGCCUGGUACGGUUUAGGCACCAUCUACCUCCGUCAAGGUAAACUAGAACACGCCGCCUACCACUUCUACAGAGCCAUUCUGAUCAACAGCCAGAGCUCGGUUCUGUACUGCUACGCCGGCCUGGUUCAAUACAUACUCGGCAACCUGAUCGACUCCCUGAAGUUUCUGCGUCAAGCCGUGUUCCUAUCUCCCGACAACACGACCGCCUCCUACUACCUAGCGCACUCGCUGCUCGCCUCGAACAAUCCCGGCGAAGCCGAAAGCAUCGUCGCUAACCUGAAAGAAAAGGCACCGAAUAGCGGCGCAGUUCACUUUUUAUCCGGGAGGAUUUACAAGUACAAAGGCGAAAAAUCGCGGGCGUAUCGCGACUUCAUUCUCGCCGAGGAGCUCGAUCCGAAGAUCGCUCCAUUCACCAAAAAAGAAAUCGACAGCAUGGACGAGUCCAUUCGAAAUUUUGACCUAUACGAACCUCCAGAAUUUUUAUAAAGCGCUUCUGUUCCUUUU